AUGCCAACAAUUGAAGUUGAGAUAGAUAGUGAUAUAAUCCAAUCAAGCACCUCGCAAUUUAGUGAAACAAAUGAUGAUGACGGUGUUUACUGGCAAAACAAAAAAAAUAGAAUGAUGGACAUGGAAGUUCAUGUCCUCGGAGAAGAGGUCGCGGCCACCUACGUAUUAGUGACCAAAUCGUUUUUCAGCGAUACAUACAUCACAGUUGUAGUACAAAUCAGAUGGAUUUAUAUCAACGCAUGCUUCGUGAGCCAGGAUUGUGACGCAUCCAUGAUGCACUUGCUGGUGUGCGUUACCCCAGCAAAAUAA